GCAAGACUGUGUCACAUGGACUGAGUUCAUAGACUUUGCGAUACAGUUUCAAGGACUGGGCCGAGCCGGAGAAUUGAACAUGCCCCCCGCAGCAGCAACCAAUCUAGGCUACACUCCACCAGACGGAGGCUGGGGCUGGGCUGUCGUCUUCGGCGCUUUCAUCUCCAUAGGAUUCUCGUAUGCCUUUCCUAAGUCCCUCACCAUCUAUUUCAAGGAGAUUCAGGAAUAUUUUUCAGUUUCCUACAGUGAGAUUGCCUGGGUGUCCUCAGUCAUGCUUGCUUCUAUGUAUGCAGGAGGCCCUGUCAGCAGUAUACUGGUCAAUCGCUAUGGCAGCAGACCUGUGGUUUUAGUUGGUGGGGUCCUGGUUUGCACUGGCAUGGCUCUCGCUUCUUUUGGAACUAAUAUAAUACAUCUGUACCUCUGUGUUGGAGUAAUUGGAGGUUUUGGUCUCGCCUUCAACUUGCAGCCCUCCCUGACGAUCAUAGGCACUUACUUCCAGGUCAAAAGGCCCAUGGCCAAUGGACUCGCUAUGACUGGAAGUCCGGUUAUUCUCUCCACUCUGGCGCCUCUCAAUCAGUUUUUGUUUGAUUCCUUUGGUUGGAGGGGAAGCUUCCUCAUCCUGGGAUCCAUUGUUCUGAACUGCUGUGUAGCUGGUGCUUUGAUGAGACCAGUCAACAAAAGCAUACCACGGAAAACAAUAGAUGAGUCAUCAAAGUGUGAAAGCAAAGCUGAGGAACACCCUGCUGCUGAAGACACCACUACCCACUCUGAUAACCUUCAGACUGAAGAUCAAAGUGAGAGCAAGGGUCACAGCUUUGUGCAGAAAUUCAUAGAUCUCUCACUUUUCAGACACAGGGGCUUCCUCAUUUAUCUAAUUGGUAAUGUGGUCUUGUUUUUUGGCUUUUUUGCACCUGUGGUUUUCAUGGCUCCAUAUGCCAAACAUCAAGGGAUUGAUGAAUAUUCAGCAGCUUUCUUGCUCUCCAUUUUUGCUCUGGCGGACAUGUUCAUUAGACCGACAACUGGCUUAGUUGGCAACACCAAGUGGAUCAGGCCGAGAAUACAGUAUUUUUUCAGUUUUGCUGUUUCAUACAAUGGCGUAUGUCACCUAAUGUGCCCACUGGCGUCUGGCUAUACGGGCCUAGUUGUAUAUGCUGUCUUCUUUGGUUUGGCAUUUGGGAUGCUUUCUGCACUCCUUUUUGAAGUUCUAAUGGACCUUGUUGGAGCUCCUCGUUUCUCCACUGCUGUUGGACUUGUCACCAUUAUUGAGUGUGGGCCAGUGCUUCUGGGACCUCCAAUGGCAGGAGCUUUGGUUGAUUAUUUUGGUGAUUACAAAUACAUGUAUUAUGCAUGCGGUGUAUUCAUGCUGGUUUCUGGCAUAUUUUUCUUCGUUAUGCAUUACUACAACUAUAAAAAACUGGAUGAGGAGCGCGGAAAGAGCAAAGCAAUGGAGACAAGGAAUUCUGACGAGGCAGAACAACUAAAAAUGAACCAGGCUGAUAGAACGAUGAAUGAAACAGAUGAAUGAACUUGCUGACUAUGACUUUAUUUCAGUGGAUGCAUACAAAAUGACACUACAAAGGCUUUUUAUGCAGUAUGUAAAUGUAUUUUGUACCUUAAAUGACUUAGUUAGAGUAGUUAGACUUUUACAUAUUUGCAGAUUCACAUUUGUUAUUUUGUAAAUGCUCAUAUUACGUAUAUUAUUAUUAUUACAGUGUGUGGCAUAUGUAACUCUCAUGGAUUUGUUAAUAAAUCUCCAGGAACUAACUAUGUUCCUUCUAAUGCAAUCCUUAUGGCUUUAUAAACUUAAGCAGUUCAUUUGGUUUCUUCAUCAAUUAAAUAAUAAUAAAUCUU